CUUAGUUUCGCUCACUUAGCUCUUGGGGAAAAUUCUAAGUUUAGUCGAGCUAUGGGAUCUUUAAGUGAAGUGUCUUCACGAACUUGAAUGAUCAUUGGAUACUGCACAAAGUGUUUGAUUCUCCUUACAUUUAUUGAAAUGUGAUUCUAGGAACCUGUGAAAUCUAGUUUAUUUUCGGCGAUUCAAGUGCGUCAUUGAUUUGGUGUCCCAAACAAGGAAAUCCUCCAAAAAAUGAUCAAACUCUAAAAUUUCUACAAAAAUUGUCUUCUGUUCUUGUGAUGCCUAAGUUUUCAACAUUUGGAUACUUACAUAUUAUGGACGCUAAUUAACUUGAUGGAUAUCAAUUCUGAAGCAGGCAAAACUCACGCCAACGACAAAAACAUUGUGGACUAUGGAUUCCGACAGCACAAGUGAGCCCGCCGAAGGUGCGGAUAGUGCUUCAUGCUCGUCCUCGUCGGACAAGUCACCCGGACAGUCGUCCCGCGAGACUAGAUCAAGCGUCCGAAUGCCACCACGUUGCGCACGUUGCCGCAACCAUAACUUGAAAAUUUCUCUGAAAGGGCACAAGCGGUUCUGCAAGUUCCGCACGUGCCCUUGUGACAAGUGCAGGGUGACCACCGAGCGACGGCGCGUCAUGGCUGCCCAGAUCGCCCUCCGAAGGGCGCAGGCCCAGGACGAACAGUUCGGCCGGAUAAGAACCGACCCCCUGCUCGAAGUCACGGAACCGGUGCCCAGAAGUACCGCCUCUCCCUCUUCUUCGGCAGGGACUUUGUCCAUCGUCACGCACCCUGACCCCGGGUCACCCCCUAUUAGCCCCCAGGUGGUAGCAGACGCGGCCUCUACAAACCCCACGUCUGCCAGCUCGGCUGAUGUUGGCGCUUCCACCUCUAAUGCAGAAAUGUCACGAGACUUGUGGGACUAUCAGAGGGUUGAAGAGGCACUCAAGGACCGCGGCAUGAGAUGCGACCCUGUAAAUAUUGCUUUGCUCCGUCUCUGCCUCAAAUACGUUUCCAAAAACGAAUGCAACGAUAUGCUAGACGAAGCAAGCGAACUAUUGAAGGAGAUGCAAAACGGUUCGGUCCACAACCAUGCUCGAGCGACUUCGGUGCUGGUUCAGGCGCCACCACAGCCACCCGAAGUUGCGCCCUACCCUUUUAUACCAUCAGCCAUGCACCCCAUGUACCUGCCGCGGAUGGUGCCUCCUCCGUACCAUCACAGCGCUGAUAUGCCCGCUUUCAACUACGACCACAUCGCCAAUAUCUGGAACAGCAUAAAUGUGCCAGUAGCUUUGCAGGAAGCGUUUGACCUCAGAACUCGGAACGGCCAAGCGCCGAAAAUAACGCCACGCAGGUCACCUGAGCAUCCUGAGAAGCAGUAGAAAUGACAAAAUCAACAGCUUGAAAAUUCUUUGGGCCAGUGGAAAAUUGAACCUAUGCGAAGUGGGUUCUCAUCUUUUUGCCACCAGAUCUAAUCAUCAAAACGCUCCAUUUCUUGGGAAAUAGAUUGCCAAAAUAGUAUUAAUUGAUCUUUGGAUAAAAAUAAUGCAAGAAAACGCGAAGACGAGGAAACAGAAAUUUAGCUUCAAUCUGGGUCACAUGAAAACAAGAGGACAAUCUCAUCCCCAAAAAGUGGUGCGUGCGAGUACAAAACAAUUUGCGUGAACUCGAGUAUAUAAUUAUGAAAGCUGUUUGAUAUGCAAUUUUUUUUUAAAUCUUUGUGUCAUAGCUAUUUGUACUGAAAAGUGCUUUAAUACUGAAUGAUGGCCCGACUUAUUGAUUAUUGUUCUCCUAAAUUUCGUCUUGAGAGAGAUAAAGAUAAAAGACUGAUCUCGAGAAUUUUUUCUGCGGACUAAAUCUAACCAUGCGGCGGUGGAAGUCUGGUUUUGUAUACUUUUGUCAAUAUAUAGAAUCGUUAAGAAGUGAUCGAACUGUGACGAAAUUUUACAGAGGGCUGUGCAUCAUAUAUAAUCUUUGUAAAAACGCAGCUCUCGCAUUGUUUGCUCAGUCAUUGUGAUCUAAAUUUUGUGCAUCAUUGUCUAUUAAGUUGCCAAAUUGUUCCUGACGCAAAUCAAAUAAGUGAACUGACGCGAAAAAUCAAAAAUUUCUUAGUAAAUACUGUGCAUAUUUGAAGUGUUCGCUGUAAAAACUACGCAACUGCUGUUUUCAUAUUUUAAUGUGCAUGAGAGACGAAGGAAUGUGACUUUAGCCAUUAAAAGGCACCAACAAGUGCAAAAAAAUUAGCGUCGA